CACGCCGGGGCUAGCGAGGGGCCGCCGGCGGCGACGGGUCCCGGGCGGGUCGCUGUGGCCGGCAUGGACGCGGCGGAGGUGGAGUUUCUGGCCGAGAAGGAGCUGGUCACCGUAAUCCCCAACUUCAGCCUAGACAAGAUCUACCUCAUCGGGGGGGACCUGGGGCCUUUCCAGCCGGGCUUACCGGUGCGAGUGCCGCUGUGGCUGGCCAUCAACCUGAAGCAGAGGCAGAAGUGUCGGCUGCUGCCGCCCGAGUGGAUGGACGUGGAGAAGUUGGAGAAGAUCAGGGAUCAUGAACGACAGGAAGAAACCUUCACCCCCAUGCCCAGCCCUUACUACAUGGAACUUACCAAACUCCUGCUGAAUCACGCUUCGGACAAUAUCCCCAAAGCAGAUGAAAUCCGGACCCUGGUGAAGGACGUGUGGGACACUCGCAUGGCCAAGUUGCGGGUGUCCGCCGACAGCUUCGUGAGGCAGCAGGAGGCACAUGCCAAGCUGGACAACCUGACCUUGAUGGAGAUCAACACGAGCGGGGCUUUCCUCACACGAGCGCUCGAUCACAUGUACAAACUCCGCACGAACCUGCAGCCUGCUCAGGGCGCGCCGUCCCAGGACUUCUAGAGAAGGGCCCGGCCCGUGGCGAAGGCUGGCCGCUUGUGCCUGU